UUUAAAUUUUCCGACGGUGUUGCGGUUGAAAAUUGCAGCGAGAGCUCAGAACACAACUUUUAUAUCACUGCGAGCUGUAAAAGUGUUUCUUAAACAUUACUGCUGUGGGUAAAUCAGGGAACUGGGGAUGGAUGAGUUGAAGCUAAAGGCACUGAUCAGAGUCUUUAGGAGAGAGUGUCACCGGGUUUUGGACUCGGAGAGGACCACAGUCCAUGGAGCAGACAGCAUGCUGAUGAUCCUCCAGCUGGCUGGAGCUGAGGUCCACAAGCAGGAAAGAGGAGAGUUCAGUGUGGCUUUGAGUGACGUGCUGGAGGCUUGGAAAUGCUUGCUUCUGGACAAGCUCCACCUGUCCUGCGACGGCUCCCUGUUCCCUGAGAAUUAUGAGCUCAUCCGGAAAGAGUACGACAGCUUUUUGAAGCGCACCAACACCGUGGACCUGAUUGAUGUCUAUAACAUGUACAAGGAGCUGAAGCGGGAUGAGGACCCCGAGGAUCCCCUGACUGCAAUGCAGAUGUUUGAGUUCCUGCUGGGAGGUCCGGAGGACCCAGAAGAAGCUGAGACAAUCCAUCGGGUUCCAGAUACACCAUCGAACCGGGUUAGAACCUGCAGCGCACAGGUGCAGCGAGCAGUCCGGAGGCUCUUUUGCUCAUAUCUGGGUGUGCUGGUGAACACGAAGAACGAUUUGGCCCUCGCACACACUUUGAACACCCCAGACCACUGUCUAGGGCGGACAGCGUUUAACGAUCUCAAACAUGCAGCAUGCAAAAGCACAACAUCUCUAUUUCUGGCAGCCACUUCGUUUAUCCGGGCGAUAGAACUGGGUGGGAAAGGAUACGCACCUCUGGAAUCGGACCCUUUAAGGAAGCACUUAAAGGGUUUGUCCUCAUUUGUCCAUUUCAUGGACCAGCUGGAAGAGAUCCUAGGAGAAACCCCUGACCCCAGUGUUGCUGGAGGCAGGGUGGUGUCCAGCAUUCGAGUGGUUCUCCUGAAGGGUCUCAACAGCACUGAUCCGGUGUACGCUACUGUAGAAGACACAGUGAAGACGCUCAAGGAAAGGAUUGAACAAAUCCACAUCUGUCAGAAGGAACCUGCUUGUGGCACAGGGAUCAGUCCAGCCAGGCCCAGAACGUACGCCAUCAAUCACGCCACUGCCUAUGCAGGCAGAGAGACUGUUAAAGUCCUGAUCACGGUCUUGGAUGAAGAAGCUCUGGCGCCGCCCUUCAGGAACAAAGUGCAACUGCUCACUGAUGAUCAGACCGUUCUGAAUGAAGCUGAGCCUGUGUGUCUCCUGUUGCUCUACAAAUCUCCAGAAGUUCCCACGGGACUCUCUCCAAAGCCCCUGCGCAGUCGCAUCCAGAGCCAGCAAGGCCAUGUGAAAUCUAAGGUAAGGGAGCGGGGCAUCCGUUCGCAGUUUGCCUGCACGUACACGGACGAUGGUCUGCCUCUAAAUCGUGUGCUGGACUUUCCCAGCACAAGUCAGCUUCCAACCUGCAUUCAUCCUGCUCCUAAAUGGACGGUCUCCUCAGCUGUUAAUACGCCCCCUGAGGAUGAGUCUGACCCUGCAGACAAAUGCGAAAAACAAGUUGAGGUGAAUCAACAGACGGCAGUUCAGGCAUACCGUGGCUCAGGGACCAAACCAGCCCUCAAGCAACGCAGCACCAAUGGCCCAAUGCGAACAGGUGUUUCAAGGAAAGAAGUGGCAGAACUCCAAACCAUCACCAAAACUUCCAAGAGGAAGCUGUCAAACAGAGAGUGUGUGGAACAAGGAGGUGAUGAGAACCAGCCACCCCAGAAAAGACCUCCUGCCAAAGCCUGUAGCUCAGGGCCAGGGAAGAAGAGUGUCAAUAAGGCUAGAAAGAAGCUCAUUGCAGGUCAGGGCAGGCUGACGAGCUUUUUCCGGCUAUGAUUUAAAACUUCUAUGGGACGCUUCAUCGAGACAUCUCGCGUCCUCUGUAAUCAUGUCCUUCAUCUAAGCAUGUGAUGAGGAUAAAUUAGCACUUUAGGCAUGCAUGUGAAGAUUUACACUAUUGCUUUGUAGUUAAACCCUGAUGGAGAUCUGUUUUCUCAAUGAACUGAAAACCUUUACAUGCAGUUUUGUAAUGUGGGCAUCAGUCAUUUCACAAUAGUCUUGCAUUUGGUCUUUUUAGUCAAACAAGUACAUUUCUGGUUUUAAUAAAGUUUUAUUUGACUGCCCACUGGGUGGGUUCCCCC